AUGACUUCAGAGGGCUCGGCUUUCCACGUGGAUACGGCCUCCGUCCUAGCAAUACUCCUCUACAUCAGCACAGCCUUUAUUUAUUGGAGGUCUGAUUGUUUGAAUAAUGAAGAUGAAAAUGAUGAUGAUGAUGAUGAUGAUGAUGGUUAUGUAUUUGCAACUGUGUGCGGAGCCUUCCUGCUCUACAUCAGCACGGACUACGUGUUUGACGGGAGGAAUCCUCCGUACGGAGAAGACUACAGUCCGAACCCUCUCAACGUUUACGGACGCAGCAAAGUGGAGGGAGAGAGAGAGAGACACUUAGAUACUGUCCAGCUCCAGGACCCGUCCAUCAGAGGAAUCUUUCAUUUUUCGGCUAAAGAACAGAUGACCAAAUAUGAGAUGUCCGUUGCCAUGGCAACAGCCUUCAACCUGCUGUCCAACCACCUCAUUCCUCUGACGGAGCAGCUGGCGGCGGCGACUCUUCGACCAAUCAACAGCCAGUUGAACUGUUGUCAUCUGGAGCAGCUGAACCUGAGCGUGGAGCCGCGAGCUUUCACCUCCGCCAUCACAGACUGUUUGUGGCCCUUUACCCCGGACAAACGCUGGAGACAGACUGUCUUCCACUGACAUGAAGAAAG